UUUUUACAGGAGAAAUAGAGACUUUGCCUAUUCAGCGCACUGAAAAGGGAAAUCAACAUGAGGGUGGACAGGAGGGUUGAUAUACCAGUUUAUGACAUCUCACUGCUCAGGAACAUUUGGGAAGGCAGAGAGAAAAAAUACAAAAACAAGCAGAAGAAGGAACACGAGCGAGUACAGAAAAGCGCUCUGACCAAGAUCAAUCAGCAAUGGCAGUAUCGCAUAGCAUGCAAGAAAUUGAAAUCCAACGAGGUGGAAGUGCUCCAACACUACCUGACGAGAACAGCUCUGAAUGAAAUUCAGCUCCACCAGGAUAUACCAAACACAGAUGCAAAUCCCAUAAUUGAUGGCAUCAAAUACAUUUUUGAACUGGAUGGUGAUAAAUGGAUGGAUCUUCCUGAUAAUCUUCUUGAUAUGACAUACCUUCGAGAAUGGCACAUAAGAAGAACUAAAAUCUGCAAAUUACCAGAGUGGAUUGUGCAGUUUCCGGACCUCUGCGUAUUGGAUAUACCCCAAAACGGAAUUGGCAAGCUGCCUGUUGAAAUAGGUCAAUUAACAAAGCUGAGGGUGCUGAAAGUUAAUUACAAUAGGCUGUCCAGUAUUCCUCCAGAACUUGGUGAAUGUGAGAAUCUGGAGAGAUUGGAGCUAACUGGAAAUUAUCUUGAACAGUUGCCUUUUGAGUUAAGCAAUCUCAAGAAAGUCACACAUCUGGAUAUAGCAGAAAACCAAUUCGCCAGCAUACCCAUCUGUGCUCUUCGUAUGACAAGCCUACAAUUGUUGGAUAUGAGUAUCAACAUGUUGACGGAUUUGCCUGAGGAUAUGGACAGGUUGGAAGAAUUGGAAUCCUUGUUUGUUCAUAAGAAUAACAUGUCAUAUUUGCCAAAGUGCUUGGUAAAUAUCACUACACUCAAGAUGAUUGUUGUUAGUGGAGACACAUUGAUCUGCUGGCCUUCAGGGCUUAAAGAAAAUCCUGCCAUCAAAUUCAUUAAGCUAUAUGACAACAUGGUUGAUGAGAUACUGGAGGGGGAUGAUGAGAUAUUGGAAACAAGACAAGACCAUCACAAAGAAUUUCUGCAGACAUACAUUGACACAGUGAAGGACAGAGAAACUGCGCCAACAUACACCACCAAAGUGUCAUUCUCAUGCUGUCUGUAAUGGAGAUUCAGAUGACCAGAAGAAAACGGACAACCAUGCUGC